AUGGCGGGCUCCCAGCUCAAGCGCCUCAAGGCAACCUUGAAGGAGCAAGGAAUUGUCGGGCCCCAGCAGUCAAAGAAGCAGAAGCGCAAGGCAGCCCAAGAUGAUCGCGCCCGAAGCGAGAAGCGACUGCAGAGGGGUGUAGUCCUCGAAGGCAUCCGCGAACAGUUCAACCCUUUCGAUCUCAAGCAUGCCAAGAACCCCAAGUUCGAGGUCACUACGAACCGCCCGGUCACUGCCGCCUCCAGGAUCAAAGGCCGUCCCGGCGCUGCCAAGGCCGCGAGCGAAGAAAGGCGGCGGCAGACUCUUCUUGUCGACAUGCAGCGACGGCACAAAGUUGGAGGCAUUCUGGAUCGACGGUUCGGCGAGAAUGACCCGACAAUGGCCCCCGAGGAAAAAAUGCUGGAGCGAUUUGCACGGGAAAAGCUCAAAACGCACAAAAAGACUUCCAUGUUCGAUCUCGAGGACGACGAUGACGCUUUUCCCGGAGAGGGUCUGACCCACGGUGGAAAAGCGCUGACGUUCGAUGAUAUGGAUGCAAUAGACGACUACGAGGAGGAUGACAUUGAUGACGGUGCCAGUGAUGUCUCUGAGCGCGAGAUGCAGCGUCUCAAGCGAGUAAGAGCCAUGGCCGCCGAGGGUGACAUGGAUCAAGACGACCAACCGGAGCGGAAGAAGUCGAAGAAGGAGGUCAUGGAAGAAGUCAUUGCCAAGUCCAAAAUGCAUAGGUACGAGAGGCAAGCCGCAAAGGAGGUGGAUGAGGAUCUACGAGCCGAACUUGACAAGGAGUUACACGGCAUCCAGCACCUUUUGACCCAGAGCUCAAAGCGCCAGACCGAAGAAAAGCCCCAGCCUUCUGCUAUCGCAGGUGUGGAGAGAAGUGUAUUUGACAAAGACUUCGACCUCCAGGUGAAGAAGCUUGCCCAAGACAAGAGGGCGAAGCCAUCUGAUCGUACCAAGACCGAGGAGGAAAAGGCAGAGGACGAGUCCAACCGCCUGAAGGAACUCGAGGAGAAGCGGCAGAAGCGAAUGAGGGGCGAGUCUGUCUCUGACAGCGAUGGUGAGGACGAGGACGAAGAAAUGGGCUCUGACGGCUCGCAGGCCGGUGAUGAGUCAGAAGACGACUUCGGCCUUGGUAGGGGCAUCAACGCAAAGCCAACUGCUGCUGAGCUUGGGUUUGACGAUGAGGAUGAUUUCAUCAUCGAUGACGACCUGGUCGCCAGUGGUUCUGAUAUCGACUCCGACGAAGAACUUGACCUAGGCUCGGAUAUGGGUGCCGAAGAAGGCGAGAGCGAGGAAGAAGAAGAAGAGGACGAAUUUACAAAAGGUCUAUUGAAUGAAGAAGAAACGAGAAACCCUGUCUUCAGCAUAGACUCUACAACAAAGUCAGCCGAUGUUGAGAAGGGCGAUGAGAACGGCUUGCCUUAUACCUUCCCUUGCCCUCAAUCCCUCGAAGAAUUUCAAUCUGUCACAGCCUCAUAUCCUGGCACCAGCCUACCUACAAUUGUCCAACGGAUCAGAGCUCUAUAUCAUCCUAAGCUGGAUAGUAAGAAUAAGGAGCGUCUUAGGAAGUUUUCUGCCGCUCUGGUUGCCUUCAUCUCCUCGCCGUGGGACCCAGAGACCUCACCCCCUUUUUCGGUACUUGAAAGUCUCAUCCGCCAUAUCCACUCCCUCGCAAAGAGCUUCCCUCUUGAAAUUGCUCAAGAAUUCCGAACGCAGAUCGAAGAGGUCAGCAGUGAACGCCCACUGGCGAUCCAGCCCGGGGAUCUUAUCCUUCUGACUGCUGUGGGAACCAUCUUUCCCACAUCCGACCACUUCCACCAAGUCGUUACCCCCGCGAUGCUGGUCAUUGCCAGGUACCUAGGACAAAAAGUCCCCCAGGACCUCGCUGAUCAUGCUAUCGGGUCCUACCUCUCUAUUUUGACCCUCCAGUACCAGAAACUCGCGAAGAGAUAUGUACCAGAAGUGUUAAAUUUUGCACUGAACACGCUUUGUGCCCUUGCCCCAACUUCCCCAUCGGCUGGCGUGGGCUCUUUCCCUCGACAUGAUCCUCCUGCAAGUCUCCGCGCGAAAGGUGCCAGCCAGGUAUCAGUCCGGAAGCUGGGCUUCUCAGACUGUUUACACUCAGAUAGCUCGCCCCCAGAACUCAAGGUUGCUAUCCUAAACACCGUCUCCCAGAUUUCCGAUGCCGCAGCCGACACAUGGUCCAGCAAGGGUGCGUUCAUCGAAACCUUCGGCCAGGUCCUUGAGGUCAUUAAGCAUCUGAACGCCAAGGCCUGCCGCUCCCACCUCCCCUCAGAGCUGCGCGAUCGGACUGAAAAGCUCCAAGUGAAGCUAGAGCGCAUGAUGAAGAUCUCAGGGAUUUCCCGACGCCCCCUCGAGCUCCACCAUCACAAGCCACUGGCCAUCAAGACGUACGUGCCCAAGUUCGAGGAGACGUUCGACCCGGACAAGCACUACGACCCGGACCGCGAGAGGGCAGAGCUGGCGAAGCUCAAGAAGGAGCACAAGCGGGAGCGCAAGGGGGCGAUGCGGGAGCUCCGCAAGGAUGCCAACUUCAUGGCCCGGGAGAACCUGCGGAUCAAGAAGGCAAAGGACGAGGCCUACGAGAAGAAGUACAAGAGGCUCGUGGCAGAGAUCCAGAGCGAGGAGGGACGCGAGGCGAAUGCGUACGAGAGGGAAAAGGCGGCGAGGAAGCGCUCGAGGAACAGGUAA